AUGUCGGUCAGUGGCAGCUUCCACGUGGGUUGCUUUGGCACGGGCGGCUGCGGGAGUCACUUGGCUGCUCUACUUGACGACGAGGUAGCCGCAGCAGUGCUUUUGCGACCGCGCGCGGCCGACGGCACUACAUUGAAGAACGGGCUUUCGCUGCAGGAUGUGCCCGAGCUCCUCGACACGUUCGUGCUGGAUGACAGUCACACGGAGUCGAUGGGGGACGCGACCAAUUGCUGUAAAGUGACGGUGAAUGCCAAUGCGAUUGGGCUUCGAGGUGACUUGCGCGAUAUAUGCACGAGCGUGUGGUGGGGCCUGUGCAAGGAGACGAGCGUGUGGUGGGGCCUGUGCAAGGAGACGAGCGUGUGGUGGGGCCUGUGCAAGGAGACGAGCGAGACGUGGCGUCGCCAGCACAGCUCGAUCCGUGAACGACGCAAAGAGGAUUGCUAG